AUGACAGUCAUGACCAAGAUUCCUUUGGAGCUGUAUAUGUGGUGGGAAGAUCUAGGUAAAUCAGGACAAGAUAGGGUCAAUCUCUACUUGGGAGGUCUCACCGGGUUAUUGAAGAUCAGGCCUAGAGGAGACAUAAUAAAGGCACUGGUUACGUUUUGGGACCCAGCUCACAACGUGUUUCACUUCUCGGAUUUUGAACUCACACCCACUUUGGAAGAAAUAGCCGGAUAUAUUGGGAGCACUGAAGCUCCUCUGAGACACAAGUAUUUGAUCGCUCCAAGAGUCGUCGCUGCACACAAGUUUCUAGAUUUGCUAAAGAUAAGCAGGGGGGUCCAAUACCCAGAUUUGGCAGCUGGUUUUUCCUCUCCGCAGUUCAUAUACCAGCGAUACGGACACAUAGGGGGGUUUAACAAUCCAGAAAGCAAAAUUUGCAGCAAAGGGAAUCGCAUAAAAUGGGAAGAACACAGGUGCUUCGCUUUUAUGGUGGUAUUUUUGGGUAUUCUAGUGUUUCCCAGGAAAGAUGGGAAUAUCGAUAUACGGAUAGAUGGGGUUGUCAGCACUUUGCUUACUCAGGCCAAAAGCACCCUUGCACCCAUGAUAAUGUCUGAAAUCUUCCAAGCUCUCACAGCCUGCAAAGCCGGAGGAGACUUUUUUGAAGGGUGCAACUUGUUGCUACAAAUGUGGAUGAUUGAACAUCUAUGUCAUCGUCCUCAAUACAUGAACUAUGGGUCGACAGGGAAAAGCUGCAUAGGGGAGUUUUAUACAAGGGUCGACGGGUUUAGCAUGCCAGAAAGGGUCACAGAAUGGAUAUCACGCCUCCGCUCCGUCACUGCAAAUCAAAUAGAAUGGACGUUCGGGUGGCUUCCUGUUGAUGAAAUCAUAUACAUGCUAGCUACCGGGCCUCAUUUCCUCCUGAUGGGUCAUAGAAGUAUCCAGCCUUAUGCCCCAUACAGGGUUUUGAGACAGCUAGGGAGAUGUCAAAUUGUGCCCAAGGAUGAAGACCUUAGCCUCCAUGUGGUUGAGAUCCGUUCUGAUGGACAGUUUCACGAAAAAGUCGUUCGCCAGAUUUGGAGUGAAUGCCAAUAUCUAACAGCAAAUACCCGAGUGCGUGAUUUAUCCCGAGGUGAAGCCUCGCUCGGUUACCUCGCUUGGUACAAAAGGGAAGUUGAAUUUGGAAGGCCAGCUAAAAGACCCCGCCUCCAAGAGUUUGUCGAAGCAUCACAAGAACAUUGGGAGUGGUUGGCGAAAGAAAAUAAAUAUCGGGCCACCAUAAGCAGUUUAGAAAGACAGAUCAAAGACCUCAAAUUCGCUAGUGAUGUGCAAGCCGCUGCAGAUGAGGGUGAGAAGAAGAAGCUAGCUCAGGAAAACGAAGCCCUCAAAGCUCAGAUCCAGAAAAUGAGAAUAGCUGCUAGAAACCCGGAGAGAAGCCGAGUUGAUGACAGGCUUAUAAGCGGUUUGAGAAAGAAAGUGCUCGAGUGUCAAGAUGACUUAGAGAAAUCUGAAGCCAGUUUAGCAAGAGUCUGA